ACAUCUUGGCUCAAGCCGCUGUUUCGCCGAAGCACCUCCCAGGCGAUCUCUUGGAAGCAGAGCCCGUGCCGCGCUCGGCGUGUCUUUGCCGCAAUGGCCCGCUCCGCGUCCCUGCUGAUCGCUUGCGCUGUCGCCGCCAUCGCCGCUCUGUCGGUGGGCUCCCUCGUGCUGUCCUUCGUCGGCGCCUCGUCCCCGGCCUCGGCGGGCCUCCGGACCGGGCAGCGCGCCCCCGCCGUGGAGAUGCACUUCUUCGGCGGCCCGCCGGUGACGACCACGCCCCCGCCGCCGGUGGGCUUCAGCCUGGGGGGCGUGGGCGGGAACAACUACGUGAUCUCGAUCACCAUCCUCUUCUUCGGCUCGGUCCUCGCGAACGCCAACGGCUUCUUCGGGCCGUGGUGA